AUGCUUGAUUAUAGAGUUGUGCUGGGCAUGUUAUUGUUAACACUAUGUAUGAUCAGUCAUGGUGCAGCUCUGCCCAUAACAGAUCAAAAAGAUACGUUCAUCUUAUCGUCCGCGAACACAGACGAUCCCAGCACAAUACCUGGGCAAUCGCUUAGGCUCCCUAGUAUUGCUCCAAUAGUUGCAGCGGUUUUAGCUCUCCUCACAGCACCUGUCAUGCUUAUCUCAGCUCUUAUCAUUGCAACUUCUAAAUCACGCUGA